CGGAGGACGAGCCGCUUGACAAGUUUUAGCCUGGAAAUAGCGCCACGUAACUCCAGCGAAAGGCGAAUUUAGUCUGCUUAGGUGACGAAGAGAAAGGGGAUUCAUGGAAGACCACAGGAGUAUUUUCUUUCUCCCAGAACAGGACAGCAACUGACUGAACGCUUCCCGCGAGCCUUGUGGUCCCGGGGGAGCCUUUUUUGGGUUUAGGGUCAACCUAACUGUGAAUACAACCGCUGGCGCGUUUUCUUCAGCCUGGAGAAAAAGAGAGACCUUGACAAAUAGUCAAAUUAUUUCUUCCUGACGUAUGAGAGUGCCGUCUACGCUGGGAUGAGGAGCGAAUUGAACAGCGGCGGAGCGCCAGACGGAGACAGUGAAAGCUAAGCUCAUCCCACCGGCCAACGGACAGCUCGACCUCAGCUACACAGUCCUUCCUCCCUUCUCACUAUUCCGCACUUUUCCCUUACCCGUCAUCCUCCCUCUCUCUACAUGUGAUUUUAAAAAAUCUCAUUCUUAUUUCUCCCUCCUGAUCUACCUCUUUACUUCUUCCCCCGCCCUCCCUCUCUCUGCUCCUCUGGCAGGCUGCUCAUUGCAGUGAGUCAGUAUCAUGGAGGCAGGCAGCGGGGCUGCCGCAGCGGUGGGGAGUGCAGUGCUAGGACUGCUGGGAGCCACAGCCACGUCCGGCAAUGACAUCUUGGACAGGGGCCUGAGGCCUGGACGUCACCUGGAGGACGACGACAUUGGGCCUGAACUGGCUAACAUCCACCCGAGAGAGAGACCCGACUGGGAGGAGACCAUCAGUGCCAUGGCAAGGAGCGCCGAGAUUCCCGAGCUGAGGUCGGAGCCCCUCAUGCGCUCGUGCAGCAGCAGCACGGCCAGCAUGAAGGUCAAGAAUGUCAAGAAACUUUGCUUCACCAAGGGCCACUUCCCGAAGCUGGCAGAGUGCGCUCACUUCCACUACGAAAACGUGGACUUUGGCACGAUUCAGCUGUCCCUCGGGGAUGAACAGUAUGAAGUGACGCGGAACGGCUAUGAGUCGAAGGAGCUGGUGUACUUGGUGCACAUAUACUGCCAGGGUCGGAGUUGGAUUGUGAAGCGCAGCUAUGAAGAUUUCCGGGUCCUGGACAAGCACCUGCACCUCUGCAUCUACGACCGACGCUUCUCACAGCUGCCUGAGCUGCCUCGAUUGGACAGUCUGACCGACCAGCUAGAGUCUGUUUCCCAGAUGUUGUUGGCUUACCUCUCCCGGCUCUCAGCCAUCGCCGACAACAAGAUCAACUGUGGGCCGGCCCUCACGUGGAUGGAGGUCGACAAUAAGGGAAAUCAUCUGUUGGUCCAUGAAGAGUCGUCCAUCAACGUGCCAGCUAUUGCUGCUGUCCAUGUCAUCAAGCGCUACAUCGCCCAGGCCUCAGACGAGCUUUCCUUCGAGGUUGGCGACAUCGUCUCGGUGAUUGACAUGCCCCCGAAAGAAGACACCACCUGGUGGAGAGGCAAGCAUGGCUUCCAGGUUGGCUUCUUCCCCAGCGAGUGUGUGGAGCUCAUAAACGAUAAAGUGCCGCAGUCCAUGACCAACACGGUGCCGAAGCCAGCCUCCCCCUGCUCUGGCCUGCAACCUGCUUCUUGGAGUCUCUUCCCUCCCUACUUGGAGAUGGAGAGUGUAAUACAGGACAGUGCAUGGGUGGCCGACCCGCUAAACCACUACAGCCUAAGUUCAGUAUCUAAAAAGCACGGGAAGCUGAUCACCUUCUUGCGCACCUUCAUGAAGUCCCGGCCCACCAAGCAGAAGCUGAAGCAGAGAGGCAUCCUCCGGGAGAGGGUGUUCGGCUGCGACCUGGGAGAGCACCUCCUCAACUCGGGACAUGAUGUGCCCCAGGUCCUCAAGAGCUGCACCGAGUUCCUCGAGAAGCACGGCGUGGUGGACGGCAUCUACCGCCUCUCUGGCAUCGCCUCAAACAUCCAGAAGUUGCGGCACGAGUUUGACUCUGAGCAGAUCCCCGACCUGACCAAAGAUGUUUACAUCCAGGACAUCCACUGUGUUGGCUCGCUGUGUAAGCUGUACUUCAGAGAGCUGCCCAACCCACUGCUCACCUACCAGCUCUACGAGAAGUUCUCCGAUGCUGUAUCAGCAGCGACGGAUGAAGAGCGACUCAUCAAAAUCCAUGAUGUCAUCCAGCAGCUUCCUCCACCGCAUUACAGGACCCUGGAGUUCCUCAUGAGACACCUUUCCCACCUGGCAGCGUUCAGCUACAUCACCAACAUGCACAGCAAGAACCUGGCCAUCGUCUGGGCGCCCAACCUGCUGAGGUCCAAACAGAUAGAGUCUGCCUGCUUCAGCGGCACAGCGGCCUUCAUGGAAGUCCGGAUCCAGUCGGUGGUGGUGGAGUUCAUCCUCAACCACGUGGAUGUUCUCUUCAGCACCAAACUCAGCUCACUAAUACGCGAGGGAGCUGGUCACAACUCGUUGUCGCGGCCCAAAUCGCUGCUGGUUUCAUCGCCCUCCACUAAACUUCUGAGUCUGGAGGAGGCCCAGGCCAGGACCCAGGCUCAGAUCAACUCUCCAGUCACUGAGGACAGCAAAUACAUCGAAGUGGGCGAAGGUCCGGCCGCCCUGCAGGGAAAGUUCCACACUGUCAUCGAGUUUCCCACCGAGAGGAAGAGGCCUCCUAUUAAAUCCAAGAAGUCUCCUGUGGGUAGUUGGCGUUCCUUCUUCAACCUUGGCAAGUCUUCCUCCAUGUCCAAGCGCAAGCUGCACCGCAACCCCAGUGAGCCCAAUGAACUGAAGGCCAUGGCUCUCGCUGGAGGCAGAGGAGACACCGCAACAUUAAGAUCAGCUAAAAGUGAAGAGUCCCUGAGUUCCUUGCACAAUGUUGACGGAGAGUCCAAGGUGUACCGUCCUCGGCGGCCGCGCUCCAGCAGCGACGCCCUGUCGGCCUCCUUUAACGGCGAGCUGCUGGACAGCCGGCAGCACUGCAACUCCUACGACAACCUGGGCGCCACGGAGGACAGCGAAGGAGACGACGGCCCCAUCUGUGUGCCCGCCCUCAUCUCGCCUCCCCGCUCAGCAGGUGAAGACGUGGACCUCAGCCCGCCGGACAUCGGCAUGGCCUCCUUGGACUUUGACCCCAUGUCUUUCCAGUGCAGUCUUCCCGACACCUCUUACGCCUUCCCCCUGGACGACUUACCCGCCGGGGCAGAGGGAUCCACGUUGAAGAGGAUUCCCGGCAGCGCCUGCGGCAAGACCAAAGGCGCUGACCUCGUCUCUGCCACCUUCCUGGGCGGCUUGAUGUCCCCUUUGUCGUCCGCAGACUUUAGUCCAGCUGCUGGAGAGAAGGUGGCAAACAAAAAACUGACCACUUCCUAUUCUUACACCGAUAAACCCACACAGGCUGUGUCGCCUAUUAAAUGUGGGAAGAGCACUAGCUUGACGCCGUUUGCCACUUCGGAGCUUUUCUCUCCAGAAAUGCCAGACAAGAGUGCGGCGGCACAGUUGGCCUCUUCGGAAUCUUUAUCUGCUCCCUCGGCAGCCAAAGACUCUCCUCCCCCGAUGGGCAGCGUGCUGCUGAGGGCGGCCGAGCCGUCGCUAAGUGAAGCUUUCCAAACGGAGCUGCACUCGAAGCUGGCGGCCUUUGACAGUGUGGACAGCCGAGAGCUGAAGCGAGAGGACGGCGAGCAGCAGGCGCCGGCUGCCGGCAGCCAGGAACGCCACGGAGUCGUAGCUCGGGCCUCUUCAAAGGACCUCACCCCUCGUUCCCUCAGCACUGCAGCUCCCGCUACUGCCCCUCCUCCUCCUCCCCCUCCUAAAAAGGCUGCCCGCAUGUUGGCCCUGGCCCUGGCCGAGUCCGCUCAGCAGGUCUCCAUUCAGUCUCAGUCGCGGUCCUCUGAGCCCUCCACGCCGGCGUCCCCUCUGCAUCCCCAGGAGACCUCUAACGUCCAGGAAUCGACACUUCCACCGUUCCCACAUUUCCGGACUCCUCCUGAGGAGGGAGCAGGGAGAGGGAGUUCUCCGCCACCAAACAGCGGGGCCCCGGCUUCAGCUCACCCCUCCGCCUCGAGUCCUACAUUCAGACAGCAGCCUCUCGAGGCGACCAGCACGAUUACCAAGCCAUCGGACAGCACCAAGUCCUCUACAACCCCGCCUGGAACGUGGCGUGGAACAUACUCUUCCCCACCAGACACUUCUUUUAACAAGUGUGCCCCACUCCCCAGUUCCCCCAGCCUGACUUCUCCAAUCAGGAAAAGUCCAGAAAGGCCGCCGCCUGUCGCGGGACAGCUCCCAGUCCGAACCAGCUCAUCAAAUACCACUCUGGCCCAAGACACUGGAGUGUUGCCACAGCUUGUUGCUGAGGUCAAACUACAGGAGGCUGCACCCCCCCCAGUCCUUCCAAAACCAUCAGAACAGCCACCUCCGAAGCCAAAGAGGCUUAGCAUAAAGGCCGUCUCACUGUCCAAGCAUCAAACACACACUCAGCAGCAAAGCCAAGCUCAGAUACAGCCUCAUCUUCCACCACAGCCUCACACACACACUCAGACACAGGUCCAACCCCAUACUCAGCCUCACACACACACUCAGACACAGGUCCAACCCCAUACUCAGCCUCACACACACACUCAGACACAGGUCCAACCCCAUACUCAACCUCACACACACACUCAGACACAGGUCCAACCCCAUACUCAGCCUCAGCUCCCCUCAAAGGCCAGCGCAAGUGUGGCCCCCACCUCUGCUGAGCCUGUUGAGAAGCCUUGGGAGGCCAUAAAGCUGGUACAGCCCUGUCCAGAGCCUGCAAAGCUCCCAGAGGCGUACGUACCCAAACCUCCGGCCCCUCCCGUCCGCACCAUGGAGAGCAAACUGGCCACAGCGGCUCUCAGCCAAAGUGAAGCCUCCUACCAUAUCCUGGGGGAAGGCCCUGUGCCUGGCCAUCAGCAGGAUGCUCUGCCUCACUAUCCUCCUUCUCCUCGCAAAUCUUCCACACACCAGCCAGCCUACCAGUACCACACUAAAGGAGAGCCUGUCUUAAUUGAGCCCCCUGGAGCUGCAUACUACCACCAGAAACCUGUUCCGGCGGGUCCCCAGUCGGUGCUCCACCACUUCCGGCCCGACGGCAUCCCCCCACACCUUUCCUACGUGUCUAAAUCGGAGCCUCAGAUCCCCUACAGUGCCCGACUGGACAACCGAUACAGCACUUUAGGCCCCCGGUCCUACCACCACGCGAUGAAGUCCAGAGGAAACUCCCACAGUGUGUACGUGUCUCCGGGGCCAGGGCAUCAAGUUUACAACCAUGACAGAAACCAAGGCUAUCCCACCAUCCGCAGAGUGCACUCACUCCAUGUCCCUUCCACUAUCCGCUCAGUACCCAUCCAAAGGACCGAAGUUCCUCCGGAUGAUGAAAUGUACUUCUACCAGCGGCCCGUGUAUCAGUGCAAAGCCUCCCAGCAGCCCCCUCAGCAGCAGCCCCCUCAGCAGCAGCCCCCCCCACCACCGCCGCAGCAGCAGUCCUCACAAGCUGACUACCACGUCACCCAGCUGCAGCCUUACUUUGAGAACGGCCGGGUUCAGUAUCGCUACAGCCCGUACUCUGGGUCGAGCCCUUUGGAGGCGCCUUACUACGACAUCGACCCUUACGGCACCGUCCGAGUCCGCCACGUCCACGGCAGUCGAGAUCCCGGGGCCGCCGCCGGACGACCGGGCGGGAAGGCGACUGGGUACCACUACCUCGCUCGCCAUGUUCUCCCGCCUGGGAAGGAGCACAGCUUUGUGAGCAGGGACAUGCCCCCCGGUUACGGCACGAAGGAGGCUGCUGCGUACCUCGCCUGGGACCCCGAGGAGUCAGAAAGGCUCCGCAUGCACUCCAUCUGCAGGGAAAGCCGGGCCAGACAGAAGGUCAAAGGGCCCGUCCUCUCUCAGUACGACAACGUGGGCUUGUUCACGCCAUCUGAUCUAUCGGGCUCCGAAACCCUGCACCUGCGCAGCAAAUCCGACCCCGGCAAAGCUGUGCUGGUUGCAGCCGAGAGCAAAGACGGGCGCUACCUCCCCAGAUACGUGGUGACCGACCCCGACGUCCUCAUGUACAUGGAGACCGACGUGCAUGUCCAGGGCGGUGCAGCGGGCGCCAAGUCCGACGGGCUCGCCAAGCAGAGCGGUUCCAAGAAGUGCCAGUCCUCUCACUCCCUUCCGGCUGCUGUGAGUCACAGUCUGUCCCUUCAGCAGGAGACCGCAGACGACAGCCGCUCUCAACACUGGCAGCAGGACUAUCCCGGCAAGAGGAGCUUCGCGCCGCGCUACGAGUGUGCCGAUUUUGACCACCACCAGGGUAACGUGAAAACACUCAGCGGCUACCACAGCACGGAGGAGCAGCCGUCGGCCCCGAGGGAACAACUCAGCCGCUCCAAACUGGAGCGAUCGCACAGCGGCCGGGAGCAGCAGCAGCACUACAGCCAGGGAAACCCCGACCUGGACAGAGACUUCUCGUAUCAGAAGCACGGCACCAAACCGGUGCAGUCCCACUACGACAACUUGGACGAUUACCACCCGGCGCCUCAGCCUCAGGCCUCUGUUCAGAAACGUGCAGGAUCCGGCCCCUAUGCCGCCGCGGGGUUCUCAGUGAGCCACGGCAACAGAGGGUACACCACGGCGCUGGGCCACGGAGCGUUUCUCCAGACUGACCUGCUCAUGCCGAGGCCAGAGACGGAGAUACGUACCGAAUGAAGCGUGGAGUUCUCUUUAGCCGUGUAGAAGAAAGACUAUUGAGCUCUGGUUGCAGCCUCUGCAGGACAGUGGACUGUAAUAUCGCCAUAUUUUUUGCUCCUCUGUAUUUUUAAUGAAUUGUAAAGAAAAUUGUAAGACUUUUUACUGGAAGUACUGAAUGUACCUGAAUUUACUGUCCAAAGGAUCAUAUUAUUGUGAUUGAGACGGUAGUCAUAAAUGUUUAUGAUAUGAAAGAUGUGCGGUACUUUUAACAGAAUGACAAAUAUAUACUAUAUUUAUACUAUAUAUAUAUAGUGUAUAUGUAUAUACUAUAUAUAUAUAUGUGUGUAUGUAUAUAUAUAUAUAUAUAAAAAUUAAUAAAUAGAAUCACUAGUUUGAAAAAUAAAAGGGAUUUAGUUGUAUUUAGUUUUUUUAAGUGUGGCGCUGGGUAUGAGCAUCAGCUGGGAUUACGGUUUGCAUUUGACAAAAUGCAUGCACUCUCUUACAGAACAGUUCUGUGUACUUAACGAUCCAUUGCGUUCUUUCUGGAUGUUGCAGCACAAGUUAUUGGCGGAGGGCAAACCUGUCGGUCGGGUCCAUGUUCAGUCUCUCCCGGAUCCAGCCAGGUGGGAGGUGUGAUGAGGAGCUGUGAUGGUUUCUCUCAUGGUUGAUAUCGUGGUUUAUCAAAGUCUUAUUUUCUGUGUGAUGAUGCCAUUUUUUAUGUAACUUCGCUAUCAACAGAUUUCAAUGACUUCUCACAGAAGGUGUUGGUACUUGUACUGUUCUUCAUCCGCAGAGGGACCAAGCGACUCUGGGCAGUUGUUGCACAUACGGAAUAAAAGAGGGGGAGAUGGAUUAAUGCCUGUUGUACCUUUCUAGAUGUAGACGAGGUUCUAUUUGUAUUUCCCUUCUGUUUGUUUCCCUUCUGUUCACGGUACUUUCAUGAACUGGACUAACUGAAUAAAGCUGAAAACAAUGUGUGGACGAACAUUUCGCAGCUGCUUUGUGUAGGAAAAGUAACUUCUUGGGGAUGAGCCUUAAAUUUUGUUCCAACAGACCAUUUUUAUCAUGAUGCACAAACAUUGUGAUAUUUAGAUUGUAGAUCAACUUUGAUUCUUGACAGUUGACCUACUGGGGUUAUUUAAUUUAGUAUCAGUGCUUCUGAAUUUAAAACAAAAAGGGGGAUUAAUUUAUAUUCAGACUGGAAAUCCAUGUAAAGUACAAUCAUCUGGUAUACUUCAUGUAAUGUGUGGAUUGCAAUAUGUUUCCAUCCAUCUCCAUCCAGGCUGUACUCAACUGUUUAUCUUCUCGCUUACAGGUUCUUCUCCUCUUGCCUUAUUUAAGCCUCUCCCUUUUCAGAUGGGGAACUUAAGUAAGGCUCUGUGUACUUGAAUGUGAAAACGCUCUUGUCUCGAACGAGAGGCAUCUCCACUUAGAUAUGAAAUAAAUAAACUGUUCAGGAAUAGCUAUAA